AAGGGGGUCUCAAUUGAAUUGAAUAAUUGGAAAUAAAAUUUAAAUUCAACUUUCCAAUCUAUAGUCGAAUUAAAUAAUCUUUACAAUUCGUGUUUAUGGUGUUUACACGACGACGAAAGCAAAAAAUUUUCAUUCAAUACGCAAUUAUUCAUUAAAUCAGUAGAGAAAGAAGAGAAAAAAAAAUGGGAGUCUGUAGUGCAGAAGGUUGUCAAAAUAAAAGUUACAAAGACUGUAUGCUCUCAUUUCAUAGCCCUUUGUUUCAUAUUUUAUCGCUUUUAAAUGUAGAUUUUCAACACAUUGUUCCACUUUUUUUUUUUUUUCCCCCCAGUUUUCCACUAGAGGACCCUGUUAGAUUAAAAAAAUGGCUCCAAGCAAUAAACAAGGAAAGUUGGACACCGAAAAAAGAGCAUCGUGUUUGCAGUAUUCAUUUUCAGCCAGAUGAUUUUCGAAGUAGCGGGAAACGAAAGAGACUUCGAAAAGAUGCAAUUCCAUGUCUCAAUUUGCAAAAGAGUAGCGUGGAAAAUACCACAGAAGUGACAACAACAUCAAGUGCAAAGACAAGUAAAAAUAAUACUAUUAUUUGCACCACUGAAAAUGAUGAUAAAAAUAAUAUUUUGAAAUUAGAUAUUUCCAAUUUAGUGAUAAAAUCGGAACAGCCAUCAAUUACAAAUGAAAAACAAAGAACAAUAAAGCAAGAGGUGAAAAAUAUCAUGGCAGUUAAUCUUUUACGUAAUGUUAAAACAAAAGGAAAUGUGAAAAUGAUUCUCUGUAAACGUGGUCCAAAUCUUGAUGCUGGAACAAGUGGAAGUUCAACUUCCAAGAUUAUUCAAAAUAUUCCAACAGAAACAAAAAUGAUAUUACCAACAUUGAAAUUAAAUCCAAAACAAGAAAUCACGAGACUAAGAACAAGUAAUGAAGAGCUUUUGAAAAAAGUGAAAAAUCUGGAGAAAUUGGCGACAAUUAAUGAAAAACUUACAGAAAGGGUCAAGUACUUAGAGAAAUUAGUACAAGAUUUACAAACAAAGAAUAAAGUGGAAACCAAAAAUGAUGAGAUAUCGACUGAUCAAAAGCUAAAAGGCCAAAUCGUUGGAAUUCCAAGAACCGAAUUUUCAGUUUAUUCACUUCAAAAAUAUGUUGACAGUGAUCAUUGUUACAGUAGCUCACCAAAAACAUUAAAACGAAAGGUAUUGACUGGUUUAGAAGGUUUACGUGAGAAAAAAAAGAAAGUUAACACUUGGCAAAGACGUAUCUCAAGAACGGCUAUUAAACACGAUAAAUUAAAACGAAUCGUUAAAGAAUCGCCAGAUUAAAAUUCAAUAAUUAACGAACAAAGCAAAAGAAAAUAAUAUUUAAAUAUCCAGUGAUAAAUUUGAUCCAUUUUAAUUAGGAAAAAAAAAAAUUUUACAAAAAUUUUUCUUUUUUUAAUCUACAACAUAAAUAAUUGGCAAAUAUAUUCAAAUCUCUUUAUUGUAAA